AUGUUUGCUCCUCAAGGUGUUGACUCCUCUUCCUCAGGCGAAGAAACCACUCCACCUCCUUCGCCCAUUCCUCAGCGGGUCAAACCCAAAUUCUCAUUCCGAUCUUUAUUCUCACCCACCUCAGGCGGUAGUAGCAGGACCCAACAUUCUCGUACUCUUAGGAAGGGGAAGGUAAGACCGCCUACUAAUGAAGAGGUCAAACAUUCUACUCCUGUAGAAGCUGCGGAAGCUGAUCCGAGAUUACCUACUGACGAAAACGAUUUACUCACACCUGAAAAGAGAGUACGGAUUUAUGCUGGAGAAUUGCAGAGUGGUGAGAGAGCUAGAGGGUUGACUAAUAACCUGGGUGAAGAAGUUAGGGAUUCUUUGACACUUCCUACCAUCAAAAAUCACCAGGCGCUUCUUGAUACCGACAAUGAUAGGAAUGACAAUAACACAGGGAUAUCAGAAGAGGUGUAUAUGAUGUUGAAGAGAUUUACAGAUGAACAAAAAGAGCUCGAACAUGCUGAAAGAGAACAUCAGGAAGAAAUACAAGUAGAGCCACAUACCAGAACGUCUUCCAUACCUAUUUCGAAUUUUAAACCUGUUGAUACCCCUCUGGGAGAAGGCAAAGCCCAAGCCAAAGCUAUACCCAAGCCCAAGCCGAUCAUAACCGAUACCUCCCUUGAGGACAUCGCACAGCUCUCACCAUCCCCCACUCCAUCCCAUGGUGUUACUCGAAGGGGAGAAGCAGAACAGUCCAAACCUACUGAUAUCCUCUUACGAUUGAAAUCUAGCGCUUCGUCUUUAUCAAAGAAGCGAUCUCUGAAAUCGCUCCGAUCCAUCAAACUGAACAAGAAGUCAGUAUCAACUAAGGAGAUACCGCCUAUUCCACCUAUUCCUAUGGAUUGUGAUGAAGAGACGGCUAUGAUCUCCAAAACACCUAUAGCUGAUAAAUUUGCUCGCCCACAAAAUCUCUUGGUUGACCAACUCCAGACAGAACAGCCUCGGACAGCUCCUCCAGCUACCAGCGAGUAUUUCGAAACUAAUCCUCCUCGCGGUAUCGGUACCGCCGAGGAGUACUAUCGAAGUUUCCCGGAUAAUAUACAUUUACCUUAUUGUCCUCAUUGUCAUUCACCUCGUACCGCACCUCCUAUGGCUUACUACCCAUCGACGCCACCAAAUAUUGCCCAGAAUCGAGGAUGGUGUCAGCCACCGGGAUGGGCUAUACACCCAUAUCAUCUGGUCUCACCUCCAUUAAGCUGCCCGCUCAACUACCCUCAUACAUCUGUAAGGCAAGAACAUUCAAUCAGUGAUUCUUACCCACCAGAGAUGAAUCUUUCUGCUGAAGAGAAUCGCCAGACCAGAGGACCUUCUUCGUCUCUGGAUGUCAAGAACGUUGCAGGAAGUGGAAGGAUAUCCGCAGAGCCAGCGUUGAGGUCCGGCCCAAUGAGAGAAGUGAGGAGAUACGAAGGUGAGAAAUGUGAGUCCGUACAAGGUGAGAUUGGUAGAUCAUCACAUCUGAAAAAUGGAGGGGGGACCGAGCAUGAUGCUGCUCAAUCAUCGGAGAACUCUGGUCAUAAUGAGAGAAAAUCCCUGAACGAAGAAGGACGAUUGAUAAGUAACUCCCAAAGUGGAGAUAAGGUCAAGGAUCGCGACAGUUGCCCUGAGGAGAUGACCAAGCUUAAACCCUCUGUUGAACGCGGAAAGCCACGGUCAGCUGAAGGGCAGAUCCGAUCCCAGGAUCAAGGGCUCGGUCAGAAAGACGAGCUGGAACGUAUUGUCAGGCAGUAUAAAGCCGAGUACUCCGAAGCUGUCAAACACUACAAGACAUCGGGAUUGCAACAAAAUGAGAGGGAGCAAGCUAAAGAGAAGGUGAAGAGGGCAGAAGCGAAGUUGAUAGAAGCUACUCAAGCUUUGAGAGAACACGAUUCGACUCAUAAGGAUGAGGGGAAAGACAUAAACGGUUAUAUCGUCGAGGCUGAACAAGGUAGAGAGAAACUUGCUACCAAGAAGGAAGCUAUGGAAAAUGCGAGGCAAUCCCCCAAGGACGAUGAACCACUAGUGCGGAAACACAAUCUUACAAAAGCUGAGACAGAUGCAACAACUUCACCAGAAAAUGAAGGUUUAGGUUUGACUGCUGACCAGCAGAAGAUGGAUGGACACCUAGAGGGUUUGCAAAAGAUGGUAGAAAAGUACCAGGUACGGUACAAGCAAGCCAUGAAGAUCUAUGAAUCGGAAGGACUGAGUGAGGAGGAACGGGAAGCGGCUAAAGAGGAGGUGAAGAAGGCUGACAUGAGAAUGAGAGAAAAUAUGCAAGCGCUUCAAGAAGCGAGAAAUGAGCUGGAAGGUAAAGGACAGACCCGGGAAAUGGAAGUGGAAAGAGAAGGAGAAAAAGGUGAUGGUGAUCAUCCGAUGAUUGACUUUAAGCACCAUGAGAAGUCAGAUGAACAGGUUCUGAAGAGAUUCAAGGAGGAUGUUGAGGUUGAAGAUCGCCAGAAAAGGAGAACUUCUACUGGGGAUGAUGUAAAGGGUAGAUCGAAGAGGGCGUCUGAACGUGGCUACGACCGUAAGAAGGAAGAGCUGGAACUGUUGGUGAAGAAAUAUCAAGCCAGACAUAACGCAGCUAUGAAAGCAUGCAAGGCAGAUGAUCUUACGGAUAAUCAGAAACAAGUUGCUAAGGAAGAAGUUGUCGGAGCCGAGAGAAAGCUGAAAGAAGCUAUGCAAGCUUUGAAUGCAUUUCAAAAUUCACCGCAAAAGCCGGAUGGACAACACGCCAACCAUGCCAAGGGUGAAGAUAGUGCCCGUAAGGCGGAAGAUGGAUCAACGGAGCCUGAUAGUGCUGCCAAGAUGAAAGAUAUCAAGAAUGUAUCCCAAAGUGGAGAGCAGAUUACUAGAACAUCUGAUCAAGAUAAUAACAAGAAGAGGAAAGAUCUGGAAGGACUUGUCCAGAAAUAUCGAAUCCGCCACAAAGAGCUUAUUAAGGCUUAUAAAGCUGAAGGUCUUCCUGAAGAGAAGAAAAAACGAAUCAAAGAGGAUAUCAAGACGAUCGAAGGGAAGCUCAAAGAAUCGAUACAAGCUCUACAAGCUCAUAAGACAAACGAAAAGACGGGUGCCCCGAAGCCAGAUGAUAGCAAGGGUGACACAAAGCCAAAGCCAAUCAAAGUAGAGGAAUCAGGACCAGGGUGUGCCACAGAAAAUGAGAUUGAAGAUGAGGUUAGAGACCUAGAGAAGACUCUCGCAAAGUAUCAGAUAGAGUAUAAACAAUCUAUGGAGUCGUAUAGACAAGGAAGUCUGUGUGAGGAGAAGAAGAAAGAGACCCAUAAGAAUAACAAGGUCAUUAGGCAAGAUACGGAAAUCGAGAUUUCAAACUUCGAAGAAUCGCCUAAACUUAAACCCGAAGUAUCAAGCAGAGCAUCAGCUGCUGAACCAUCAUCGUCUAACAUGUCUCAAGUCUUCCUCGAAGAAGACAAGGUCAAGAUGUUGGAAGAGAUGGUCAAGCAAUACCGGAUCCGGCACAAAGAGGCUGUCAACCAACUUAAAUCUGAGGCCUUGACCGGGGAUCAGAUGGAUCAAGCGAAGGUCAGCGUCAAGAAGAUGGAGGUCAAGUUGAAGGAGAGUUUGCAAGCUCUCAAGAAUAUCGAAGAGGAUACCAAACCCGAUUCAUCCCAGCAAAGGCAGGAGCAGACCGAUAGUGUCAAAGAGAAGAAACAGGAUCAAACUGUAGCGAAAGGGUGUUCGGAUACGCAGUCUAAAUGGUCAAAGACGGCUGAACAAGCGAAUGAUUGUGAUCAUGAGGUCACGGACCUGGAAGGGACUGUUAAGAGGUAUCAAUUACACUACAAAGAUGCCGUGAAAAGACUGGAGGUUGAAGGUAUGACAGAGAUUGAAAAGAAAGAAGCUAAAGAAAAUGCCAUAGUGGCUGAGACGAAACUGAGGAGAGCAAUGCAAGCCUUGAAGGAGCUCAAGAGUAAAGAAGAGGAUUUCUCGACCCCUAAUACCUCUGAAAGUAUGGCGGAGAACGCGAGGCUGGUUGAUGGUAAUGUGUCUGAUGAUUGGCAAGGUAAGACGGAAGAGGCUGGAAGUCAGAAUUCCAAAGAGGUCAUCAGUGCCCAAAACCUCAGAGAAGACAAGAUCGCUCCAAGUUCCGAGCCUAACACCCCUGCAAUGCCGGCAAAGAAGUCGCAGCCAGAUCUGACCUCGCUGGAGGCUGCUGUGAAGAAGUACAAAAUGCAGCACCAAGAAGCGAUCAAAACGUAUAGAACAGCCGAUAUAUCUGAAGAUGAUAAGAAGAAGGCCAAAGAGCAGGUCAAAGUGUCCGAAGUGAAGCUGUCCAGGGCCCUUGAGAGACUUCAAGAAGUCAGUUCUGCAGCCACGGAGGGAGAAGUGCAAGGCAAUUCUACCAGUGAUCAACAAGUAAACGACCAAGGAAAUCUCGUGAAAACAGUUCCACAACGCCCUGAUAUGGAAGUCCAGCUAUCGACAAACAAAAAUGGGAGUGAUGAUGGUUCUCGGCCCCAGAGAGCGGAGAUCGAAGCUCAAAUCAAAAGAUAUCAAGAGCAACAUCUCGAAGCCCUUAGAAUGUACAAGUCCCCUGAGUCGCAGCAAACGAGUAGCGAGAUAGCAAAAGAGCAGAUUAAGAAGAUGGAGGUGAAAUUGAAGCAGGCCAUCAAGGCCUUACACGCCCGCGACCCUCCGCACAAUACUGAGAACACUCUGAGAUCUGAUCAAUCAUGGAAACCGCACAAGCAGAGGACAAAAAGUGUAUCAUCUCCCUUCGAAGAGGAAUCUGAUGUGGAGAAGCUAGAUAAACAGUCGAAAGAGCUCAAAAGCUCAUAUGCGGAAGCUAUCAAAUUGUACAAGAGCAAACGACUGAGUGAGAGUGACAAGAAGAAAGCCAAGGAGAAGGUGAUGUAUCUGGAGCAAGAGAUUAAACAAAGUCAGAAGGAGCUCUCCAAAAUGGCCAAAAAUGGCAGAGCGUUCUCCUCAAAGUCGGAGAAAGGGCUUGAAGAGGGGGAAGCAGUCGAAAAGCAGAUCAAGGCUACUGCAAACUGGGAUAAAGCUCUGAAAGAGUAUGUGACUACGCCCAAUACGACUCAAGCGCAGAGGGAGGAAGCGAGGUUGAAAGCGAAAGCCGCCAAAGUGCAGUAUGAUGAUGCUCAACGAGGGCUUAAAGUAGCACAAGAGAUAACAGGCUCGAAUGAUCCUGAGCUACCUGAGAAAGGGCCUGAUACUCAAGGAAGGAAAGGUGAGACUUCUGAAUAUUCGCCAACGAGAGAAUUUGCACAGACCCAGAAUUUGAAUGAUGUUCCCAGUGCCAUUGCAAGGUCACCGGCUCCGAUGACAUCGAAGCUCAAAGAGCUAGAUGAAGAAGUAAACCGAGAGAGACCUGUCCCCAUUCCAAAGGAUGACGAAGGCGCAACAUCUGGAGGGACACACCAUGCAUGGGCUCCACUCAGACUAUCGAGACAGGGGUCACCAGUACCACCAACUCCUCCAAAGUCACCUACGAGAGCAGCUGUUAUAGAGAUUCAACCAGGUCCCUUUGUGGAAGGGGACAUCACUUGGUCAAAGACGUUGAUUUCACUGGCCAAUUGCAUUGAUUUGGCCAACCGAAUCCUCCAAUCACUGAUAGACUCGCCAUCCCCUCAUCCAAUUACCGAGAUCGUCCAGCAUCUCAUUAUUGGCCUGAUGAUGCAGAAAAAUGUACUAUCAUCACUGAAAGAGGUCGUAGGUGAGCAAAGCGCAGGAAUGAUAGAUGAAUUUGGAGAGCAUGUGGCGAUCAUCAAGUCGUAUGUGGAAGAUCUGAUGAUCAAAAGGGAAGAAGGGACAUUAGAAGAGAAUGGGGUUAAGAGAGCUGAAAAAGUUGUUGAAAAAGGUUCAAAGGUGCUGGAAAAUGUAGCGGUUCAAAGUAUCGUCAAUCACCUAGUGGCUUUCACUGAGUACUUAACGCCGGGAAUGACCGACACACUGAAGGAAAUAGCGAGUGAAUGGAAGAGAGAAGGAUGUGGAAUGAAAGUGAUAAUACACACAGUCCUUGCCAUACGAAAAGAACUAGCCGUCAUUCAAAGAUGCAGGGAACAUCCAAAACAGAUAGAAGAGAAGAAGAGAACUGAGGGUCUGAUAGGUACUUUGGACAAGGUGUUGACAUUAUUUUCUUCCGAUCACUCAAACACAGUGCUAGUAGUAGACCCAGAGUUCAAGACAAAACGAUCAAAUUCGUCUGCCCCAACUGAGCAGCAAAGCGACAUGACGUCGAUCAGGUCUAUGCUGAGAAAGGAGGUGAGGAAGGACAAAGGGAAGAAGAGGGAAGAUUACAUUGACGUCAAAGCUAAAAUCAGGCCAGGACUAGCAGACAAUAUAGAUAAAUCGAUCCAGCCUGGAGAUAUACCUACCACCUCUCCUGAACCCCCCUCAUCGUCUUCUAAGCUAUUUCCAAUCUCAUCAAGUAGCUCGCUAAUGCCUCGAUCACACACUCCUAUAGAGGAACCACCAAGUUCCCUUUCACAUCUGAUGAGUAAGAUCUCAAACAAAUUGCAUCAUUCAAAACCCCCUCGUCCCAAUGAUGGAAAAGAGAAAGAGAAAGACAGGAAAUCUAGACCUAGACCAAUUAUCACUCCUUCACUUCAUCAACUCGUCAGAGACCAGAAGAGCCUCAAACUACCUCAAACCACGCAGACUUUCCUGACUGGCGGAUCGAGCUGGAAGCAUCGCACUAGACCCCGAAGGAUAUCUAGUGCUAGUUUAGCUUCCACUUCAUCAAGCUUCUCAGCUACUGUCCCUUAUACGGCUCCCUUACCCUCACGACACGACCGUCAACGAAAAUCUGCGGGUGAUACAACGGCACCUUCCACCCCAUAUACCUCAGGGAGCGAAUUGAGCCCAGAGGGAUCUAGUCCGUCAAGAUAUUCCCAGACGUCAGUCGAGAGUGGGAGUACGUCAACAGCAAAGUCAGAUCGAUUAGCUGGAGAGUUACUCGCUCAAGCUGAUAGUGGACGGCAAGCUGUCAAACAUGAUUGGAGGAAUGAUCUAGAUUCUGCGAAUAGUAGUAAAAGGGGGGUUGAACCUGAUGAUAGUCAAGUGAAGAGAGCAGAAGAUGUGUUGUAUAAUAAGGUUUUACCUGUUCCAGAUACUUCGAGAGGGGGUAUAAGAAGAGGCGAUUAUAUCUAG